AAGUCAGUGCGAAUUGAACCGCGCGAUGGGACUGUAUGACGCGACUCCGCAACUUUCCCAUUCGAGUUUACGAGUUUAGUUCCCGUUUGUGUUGCAAACGUAAAUAUACGAAACUUUACUGUUUAACUUGAAAAGAAACUGUACACCUCCUAUGGAAUUUACUUGAGAAGUGAAAUAAAAGGAAUUAGUACGUAUAUUGGAAAUAAAAAACUGAUUGAUUUAAAUUGAGCUUUGUGAUAAACUUGUUGAGUGUGCGGUGCAGAUGGUGAAAUACAAAGAUUUCUAAUACAGUUCGUCCUAUUCGUCCUAUCAUUACAAACAUUAUGACUUUCAGAUGAUAUGUUUAGUUUAUUCAUUUUUACUAAUAAAGUCAAUAAAGAGCAAGCAAAUCACCUAAUAUAAAAAUGAGAAGAUCAAGACGGUUAUCGAAACUAAAAGGUAGCACUAGAUGGCAGCACAAGAUCACGUGCUGAGGCAAGAUGGCGGCGGGCGCGAACAUGCGAGGUAGCGGACCUUUAUCGCGCCUUCUUGUCCUGGCAAUUUUACAUGUCAAUUUUAUUGCUCUAGGUCUGGAACCGGAUUUCCUGUACCCCUUGGAGAACGUGACCAUUGCCCAGGGUCGGGACGCAAUGUUCACAUGUGUGGUGAACAACCUUGGUGGUUACAGGGUGAGUGGCGAUUCCGCCACUGCCAGGGUUGCGUGGAUCAAGGCGGACACAAAAGCGAUCCUGGCUAUCCACGAGCACGUGAUAACGAACAAUGCGCGGCUGAGCGUCACGCACAAUGACUACAACACUUGGACGCUUAACAUCAGAGGGGUCAAAAGGGAGGACAGAGGACAAUAUAUGUGCCAAGUUAAUACAGAUCCGAUGAAAAUGCAGACAGCAUUUUUAGAAGUGGUGAUACCACCAGAUAUAAUAUAUGAAGAAACGUCGGGAGACAUGAUGGUACCAGAAGGCGGGUCAGCUAAGCUAGUAUGCAAAGCAAGAGGGUAUCCGCCUCCAAAAAUUGUCUGGCGAAGAGAAGAUGGCGGUGAUAUCAUAUCAAGGGGUGGGCCACAAGGGAAAACUAAAGUAACAUCACUGGAAGGUGAUAUAGUAAAUUUAACGAAGGUGACCAGAUCAGAAAUGGGAGCUUACUUAUGCAUCGCCGCUAAUGGUGUCCCUCCAUCCGUCAGCAAGAGAAUAAUGUUGCAUGUGCAUUUUCACCCCUUAGUGCAAGUGCCAAAUCAGCUGGUCGGAGCUCCGACAGGCACAGAUGUCACACUGCAGUGUCAUGUGGAGGCAUCGCCUAAAGCUAUUAACUAUUGGACAAGAGAGAAUGGUGAAAUGAUAAUAUCGAACGACAAGUACCAGAUGAGUGAGAUCAAUAGCUCGGCGUACAGCGUUCAGAUGAAGCUGAUAAUCCGGCAUAUACAACGCAGUGAUCUCGGUGGAUACAAAUGUAUCUCCAAAAACUCUAUAGGUGACGCUGAAGGCAAUAUUAGGUUAUACGAAAUGGAGCUACCAAAUCGCAAAUCUCAGGAGGACGACGAACGCGAGAACUCCCUGGAGGAAACAAACGACGUGCGUUCUAGUCUCCAAGGCUCACUUCGCGAAGGUGGUCCCCGAGCUGAGGAUGCCGGUUUCCUUGGCGGCGAAGGACUAUCCUCUGGGUCAGCAACCUGCGCGGUCCUAUACGCAAUCUUUUUAAUAUCAGCCGCUGUAUACGCCGCGUGCUAAACUUUCUCCUUAAAGCCAUGCGCAAAGUUAAGCCCCUUGACUAAAAGUAACGCGGUUUAUAUCAUGUAUUUAUUGUUCUUCCAAGUUUAUACAAGAUUUUCUCGUUUCUGUGGAAUCUAAAAUAUUGUUAUUGAACUUUUUAUCAUCACUUACUACUAAAGUUUUGAAAAUCUUUUCUGUUGUCUUACACUUGUGCAUGGCUUGACAAUGUACAGGUUAGAGAAGUGUAUCCGUCAUUGAACAUUGGCAACGAUAUAGUUAUUGCCUAGAAUAAUAAAUAUAGCUACAUAAGACAAGGUGAGGUGAUUGUGGCAGUAUAAUAAUUUAAAUAGAAUAUUAAUAGUGUUGUUUACGGAACCACGCUUGUAAAGAUAUUCUUGUAUGCUUUCAUAAUUGAUACCGAGAGUGCAAUUAGCAACAAUUCCAUCUGAUGCACCUGUGUCUGUUAACCUAAAUGUUAAUUAAAUAAUAAUUAUGCUGUUAUUCUAAUUUAUUAGUCUAAAAUUAUAUGUUAUCAGUACUUACGUUUGAUAAUAACAUAUUUGACAAUUUAAAUGUGAUUUCUUCUUUACUAUAUUGUUAAAUUUAAUGUUAUUAUUAGAUACUUAUAUACUCAAUAAGUUAUUUAUAACUUAUUACGUUUAUUUUUAAUAACAAAAUUAAAAUAUUACUAACAUAAAUUAUCUUUAUUAAACAAUGACAAAUAAAAUUGAAAAAUUUAAAUAAACAACUUAAUUAUAUUUUUUAACUAAAGAAACAUAUUUCAAAAAGUUAUCAAAAUUAUAAUCUUUUUGGUCAGCUUAUGAAAAUUAACUUAUUACAAAAUAUAUUUGGUAAAUAUUUUAUUACCAUUUCGAUUACUUUCCAUUACGUGAUAUUGCACAAUGUACUUAAACUAUUAAACUUUUUGUUUAUACAUAUCCCUAUUUUUAACUUAAUUAUAUUUUGUACGCAAUUAAUUAUUGUCUAUGAAUUAGUGUAUCUAAGUAUCAACGCAACAACACAUAACGUGCUAAUACGGAGAAAAUGUAGGUACUGCAUAAAUAUUUAUAUUUGUGACUUAGAAUAAAAAAUAAUUUAUGUUGUAAAAUAUAACUAUAUUACGUUGUUUAAUUUACAACACCAAAAUGUAUUUAAAUAUACCUAUCAUUGUGUCUUUUAUUAUAUUUAUGACUUCAAAUAUCUUUAUAUAAUUUUAAAAAGUGAGUAUGAAAUAAUUGCUUUAUGUCAUCGAAAUAUAUGUCGUAACGUUGUAUAUCAAAAUUAUAAAAUGUUAAAAUGUAUAUAGUUAAACAUGUAGCUACGUGAUUUAAAAUAAAUUUUGCUCAUUUAUAAUUUUGCAGGUUUGUUUCAGUUUUUGCAAUUAAUUUAAUUACGUUUCAAAGAUUGGGUUUAAGCGUUUAACAUUAUGGAUGUAAAUUUUUAAUGCCAUGUUAAAAUUAUAUCUUAGGGUAUUCUGUAAAUUGUUAAUGUUUUAAUACUGUUGAAUUUUAUGAAUAAUACCUAAUUUAUAAGCAAGCUGUGACCUAAAACAUCAUGUCGAAUUUUGGUAAUUAAUAUGUUCUAAAUAUAGUUUUGAUAGUAUAUGAUUUGUUAUUAUAGGUAUGUUGUUUUAAUUUCACAACUGUAUGUAAUAAAUCUGUAACUAAUAUGUCAGUUUUUAUAUAACGGCCUUAAAUGAAUGUAUAAUAUUGCCUGCGAACAAAUAUAACGAGUACAUAAUGUAAUAAAAUGUUUUUUAUUUGUUGAUAUUAAAAUUAAUUGCUUUGAUUACA